GAGCAGGCAAUACAGGACAAACUUCAAACUCUGUCACAGAGCUGUGAAAGCUACAUGAGUCCAGAUGUUGCUUCGGGUAAAGAGAUGAGUGACAGCUUUGAAGGAGCAAUAGGAAGUGGAAAACAAGAAGGAAAGUCUUCAAAGAAACAUAAGAAAUCUACACGCACUCGUUCACGCCAGGAGAAGUCCAGCAGACCAAAGCUGACCAUAUUAAAUGUUUGUAACACAGGGGAUAAGAUGGUGGAGUGCCAGCUUGAAACACACAAUCACAAAAUGGUGACUUUUAAGUUUGAUUUGGAUGGUGAUGCGCCAGAGGAAAUUGCUACUUACAUGGUAGAGAAUGAAUUCAUAUUGCAGAGUGAAAAAGAGACAUUUAUUGAACAAAUGAAAGAUAUUAUUGAUAAAGCAGAAGAUAUGCUCAGUGAAGAUACAGAAGGAGAACGAAGUUCUGACCAGGGAACAAGUCCCCAACAAGAUACUGAUAGACUGGAAAUGAACGCGGAGAAGCGUCAGUCACAAAUGAAGACACCCAUGUAUCAACAAAAUGUUUUACAUACUGGAAAAAGGUGGUUUAUUAUAUGUCCUGUUGUGGAAAACCCUACUACUGAUGCACCAGAAUUUUCUCCACCGGUACCUCAGAGUACACAGCAGUCUGAUGGUCCAGACCUGGAGCAGUCGGAUGAUCAGCAAGCAAGCUCUGUGGUAACAGAUCCGCCUGCUGUCUUAGCUGGUCAGCAGCUUCCCCUACAAGCAGGUGUAUGUGACAGCCCCAUCGGAGCCUCUCCAUCUUUGGCACAAGUUCCUGCUGCAGCAUCUUCUGCUGGCUUACCGAGCCAGGCAGAGUUUUCAGCUCCAGCACUACUGGGAUCUGCUCCAAAUAUCCUAGAGCAUGUGGCUGCUAACGGAAGUCAGCUGGAGUAUUCACCACUGAAGGCAGCAAUGCCCGCUCAGCCGGGCACUCCUGCCCCCCAUGCCGCCUUGCUGGAGGAGCCUUCUGAUGCUCUCCUUGCUCCUCAGCACCUUCAGCCGCAGGCUGACGAGGGCUCGUGUGUCCCUGAUGUGGAGAUAGCGUGUUGCAGUGUCGGGCCACACAAGUCAGUCCCAGCAGCUCCUACAAAGCCGGCAGAGAUCUGCCCGCUCCCCAUGCUCCCAGACGCCGUUGUUUUGGAGCGGCAGCCUGCAGCGCAGGUCCCUCACCUGUCGGAGGCCAGCCAGACUGGUAUGGUGCAGCACCCCUUCGUGAACCAAGCGUUCCCUACAGCCACUGCAUCUGAUCCUCUUGGUCUGGCAGGGUCUCAACUCCAGAGCCCUACUCACGUGCCAGUGGCUGCAUCCCAGCAGCACGCAAUGCUGUCCCAGGCACAGCCCAUAGCCUGCGCCAGCGUGGGGAUCAGCCUGUUGCAACAGCAGCAGCCAAGCACCGCUGAGUCCGAUGGAGAGGGACCACCCAGGGUAGACUUCGUUGACAACACAAUAAAAAGCCUUGAUGAGAAAUUGCGCAAUUUACUUUACCAGGAAUACGUUCCUACUUCUUCUGCAUCAGCAGGGACUCCAGAUACCUCCGUCCCAUUAGAACAGGGUGACAGUGAAUUUAACUUGCCACCUUUUCCUGAAGAUCAAGUUCCCAUGUUGGCAUUGGAUUUGAGAGAACCAGGCCAUAAUAUUGCAGAUACCAGCCAGGAGAUGAAAGCUGCUGCUGAGGCCCAGUCGGUGCCACUCAUACCAUCUGAGAUCUCACCCUACCCAAUACUGUUUGAAAAGUCGGAGGUCACCGGUAUCAGUGCUCAUUCCUCAGAAGCAAGAGGUGGGUCAGCAAGCAGGAAAGGUUCAGCUGCAAGCAUCACUUCAGCUCCUGUUGCUACAACAAAAGGCCUCCUUCAGGUUGCACCUACAUCAUCAAGCAUAACUAAACAGAUGGAAAAUUCUAAAAGAAGCGAGAAGGCAAAGACUAUGACUUUGUCUGCACACACAGAUAAUGUAACACAGAUAUCUACAGCAGAUGGGGUGAUAAAUAACCUUCAAAGGGAUGACUCUCUAGACUCUGGUUCCUAUGGAAAACAGGCUGAAACUCAUGACAGCGGUACACCAGCCAAAACUAUUGGCAGGUUUUCAGUAAUCAGCACGCAAGAUGAAUUAACUUUAACAGCGCCGCACUCCUUAAGGUUCUCGGCACCCCCGGAUGUCUAUUUGGAUGAGCUACCUUCCAGCCCUGAUCUGAAGACAGCUGUCCGACGGGUGCAGACAGCUUCUUCUGUCGAUGUCCUCUGUGACCAGGGUUCGAGUGAUUCUGCUGAUGAGCCUUUCCAUUGUCAGUCAGCUGCUGCUGCCCAACUGUCCCCCCCAAGCAGUAGUGCAGCCACUGACUUAAUUAAAAAAGCAGCUGCUUUUCUGCAAAGAUCUGGCAAAGCUAGUUCGCCAGGCCUCGAUUCACCUAACGGGCAAGGAACAAAAAUUCCUACCAUCAACAUAACAUCUUUCCACUCACAGUCGUCAUACAUGAGCAGCGACAAUGACUCGGAAUUUGAAGACGCAGAUAUGAAGAAAGAAUUGCAGAACCUGAGAGAAAAGCAUAUGAAAGAAAUUGCUGAACUUCAGACUCAGCAGAAGAAUGAGAUAGAGGCACUGUAUAUUCGGUUAGGGAAACCCCUUCCUCCCAACCUGGGGUUCCUUCACUCAGCCCCUCCAAGCAGCCGUCGCCGAAGAACCAGCAAAAAUAAAUUGAAAGGUGGAAAACUAUUAAACCCUCUGGUCCAGCAGCUCAGGAGUGGAACAUCAAGCACAAGUAAUCUUUCAGACUCUAAAGACUCACCCCACAAAGAACCAACUAAAACUCGGCCUGAAUCUCCGGAAGCAGCAGCAGUAACUUCCCCUGCAUCAGCCACCUUUGGGAAGGCUGUUCAGACACAGCAGCCAUGCUCUGUCAAAGCCUCUUUGUCUUCUGACAUCUGCUCCGGCUUAGGCCCUGAAGGAGGUGAUGUGAACACAAGCUCUGGCCAAGGCUGGACGGUUUUCCACCAAACGUCUGAGAGAGUGACCUAUAAAUCUAGUAGCAAACCUCGUACCAGAUUCCUCAGUGGACCUGUGUCUUUGUCCAUCUGGUCCACCUUGAAACGACUAUGUCUAGGCAAAGAUCACAGUAGUAGAUCCUCAACAAACAGUCUUGUAAUGUGUCCUGAGCCGCUCCCGCAAUCAACCCUGCAGGUUCAGGCCAACAACAGUAACAACAAGAAAGGGACGUUCACAGAUGAUCUUCACAAGCUGGUUGACCAGUGGACAAGCAAAACUGUUGGAGCUGCACAGACAAAACCUUCUUUAAACCAACUGAAGCAGAACCAAAAAAGGCAAGACAUGGAGCCAAAGGCUAAUCCCAUGCAAACACAGAAUGAGACAUGUGGA